GCAAGCAACACAAAAGCACCACAGGGCUUUAUAUUAGACAAUAAAGUAUGACUUUAUGUACUGUAGACCAAGAGACAAAACAUUAAAGAAACUGCGAAAGUUUCCAAAUCGCAACACUGUGGACUUUUGGUGCAUGCACAAGAUCAUAUACAACGUGGACUUUAUGUCAAGCUGAUCGUUAUUUUACGCCUCGGUGAUAUCCAAGACUUAUUCUUUCGUAGAAGAUCCUGAACUCCAGUUGGAUUAGAUGAAGUCUGUGACUGUGCUUUGUGUAUGCAUGUGUGUUUUGUGCCCCUCCUUGUCAGGUGACUGAGGUGUGCCUAAUAAUUUGAGUCUCUGGAGAUGCUUUGUUCUAUUCUACCUGCCGGUUUACUGUAAGCUGAUCUCUGGCUCUGCGUAUUGAACUGCGGUCUGUACUCAACUAGGACUCGGCUUCGGGGAAAACAUGAUCAAAUGACACCGGAAGCCUUGGACCGAUAGUUUUUAUUUUUGGAAAAAAUAUCGCGUUUAUUUCUAUGCGUAAACGCGCUUUUGGUACUGGAGUUAUAGCUGAGCCGCGCUAUUUGGGGACAGAAUAAUUCACGAUAUCUUUUCACCAUGGAAACGCUUUAUCGCGGGCCGUUAGUGGAUUUUUUUCUAGCCCUGUGAAGUGCGAAAAAAAACUUUAUGGCUUGGGGGUUCGAGUUUUUGUGUGUGUGUGUGUGUGUGUUUAGAUGCUUUUUGUAAAAUAACAUUUUAAGAAAAAAUUAAUUCACUUUUUUAAAUCGAAGAAUUCGGAUAGUGUUGCCGCAUUAUGGCUCUCUCACAGGUUCAGUGUCUUGAUGACAAUAAUGUGAACUGGCGUCUGAACGAAUCCAAACCGGAGUUCUUUUACAGCGAGGAACAGCGGUUUGCGCUCGAAGCGCUCAUCACCAAAGGACGCGACGCGUUUGACAGCUACGUGAAAGAGCACGAACUGCGUCCUUUCCUUUCGGAACCGGAGUUGGAGCAGAUCCGCCGGACUACAGAAGAUUACAAACCCGGUUCUGAUCACCAAAAACUGAAUGGCACGACAGAGGGUGAGGACAGUGCGGUAUCUUUGCAGUACUGGCCGGACCGCUCUGAUAUCUCAAUACCGAAUUUGGACCUCGGAUGGCCCGAUUGUAAUUCUUACCGCGGAGUGACGCGCGUCAACGUGUACACGCAGCCGCCUGUGGACGGACAAACGCAUAUAAAAGAGGUGGUGAGAAAGGCCAUUGCUCAGGCACAGAAGAUGAUAGCGGUAGUUAUGGAUGUUUUCACGGAUGUGGAUAUUUUUAAGGAUCUAAUAGAAGCUGGAUUUAAGAAGAAAGUGGCUGUGUACAUUAUUAUAGACAAUGCAUCUGUACAGGAAUUCCUAUUUAUGUGUGAGAGAGCAAACAUGCACAGAGGACACCUCAAUCAUCUGCGGGUGCGAUGCAUCGGUGGUGUGGAAUUCUACACUCGCUCAGCUCAGAAGGUGCAUGGCUCGCUGGGUCAGAGAUUCAUGUUUGUGGAUGGAGACCGUGCUGUGUCCGGUUCAUACAGUUUUACAUGGACUGCUUCCCGUCUGGAUCGUAACAUCAUCACAGUCAUGACAGGUCAGGCUGUGGAGACAUUUGACAAGCAGUUCCGUGAGCUAUACCUGAACUCUCUUGGGGUCAACCUCUCCAAGAUCCCAAUGGCAGACCCACCAGAGCCUGAGCCUGCCCCAAUCGCUGUUCCUCCCCCUGUUUCUGUAACUGUCGCAAGAAAACUCAUUAACCCCAAAUAUGCAUUGGUAAAUGCUGAUGCAUCUAGCAAAGCCUCUAAGGACAAAGCUAGUGCCAAGAACAGUAACUCCCCGAAUCCAGUGGUCCUGAUUAAGAAGCCCCAACGUGAGUUACCGGAGAAACCACAAAUGCAUCCAGGACUUGUAGGCUUGCCAAAGGCGGAUCUCAUUCCUUACUUGCCCAUCUGGCCUGAGCCAGACCCACCCAGAGAUGUUAUUGGGUUUAUUAAUAUUCGUGACACAAGCAAGCCAGCACCGGUGCAUUUAAUGCGCUCGCAAAUGUUUGAAACAUCGAAAGCAAUCCGCUUCAAAAACCCUUUCAUUGCCCCACCUGAGGAACUACCAGAAAGGGCAAGUCCCCGACCUAAAGCAACACCUUCAUCCAAGACAAAUACUGUAGUUGCAAAUGUUCAAUCGAGUACCCAGCCUCCAAAAGAUAUUCAACCAGAGACUAAUUCGAGCGACAUCCUUCAAGAAGCACCAGCGAAUAUCUCCCAUUCAUCAACCACCCAAUUGCAUGAGCCCAGUCCCAACCCUUCUCCAGAUGAGCAGCAGCCAAACCAUAAACACAUGCAUUCCUCCUCAGAGAACCAAACUGCUUCAGGAUCACCCGUUCCCAAGCCUCGUACCUUACAGUUGGUGAUCAAUACACCUGAGGGAUCUGGAGAUGCUGAGAUCAGUUUAGUCAGAAGAGAGGACAUCCAGACAAUAAACCCAAAGGGUACAAAUACGGACACUCAUGAAAAUCAUGCUGACAUCACCAUUGUGACUUGUGCACAUUCAUUAAAGGACAAAGAUGAGAAUUCCUCAACGUCAGAAGAGGAUUUUGAGUGCACAGACUACGAUAGCGCAAGUCCUAGCGACAAGCUCCCUAACGGAAUAACGGGUUACGGACGCACUGGAGACCACAGCCCUGACACGUUUAAUGUGAUGGCGAGGUUCUCUCAAUCCAUGCUGGACUUGCGAUCAGAUGACAUCAAGCCGGAGUUACAAAGUACCGCAGAGAAGAAUCUCCUUAACUUGCAGAACAGAGGCAAAGCAAAGCUUUAUCAAAUGGCCUCCAGGUCACCAGUUCGAGAAACUUAUGGCCGGGCCAAAGUGGUGAUUGCUAAACCUGGAGUGUUCCACAGACCACCAAAAAGCAGUGGUCAUGUGAUUGGGGGUCACAGAUACUGGCAGGGGAAAAUGUGCAUCCCUGAACGUCCCCCAAGUGGAUCAAGCCAACAAAACCCAAACCGCACCGGCCGGUCUCCUAAAAGGCACAGCCCUUCCUGUAAGAUAGAAGGACUGUGAACCAGCCAAUCACCUGUUCAAUGGCUCAUGCACUCAAACUCUCGCUCUCCCGCUCAGCGGGGCUCUCAAACAAAAUCUCCAUCGCCAUGGAGACAAGUUGAUAUUCGCACACCAACAGGAGUCUCCUCAUCCUCACUCUCCAACUUCAAACACAUUCGGGGGAAGGUUCCAGUGAACACAUCUGGAUUUGGCUUGGAGGAUAUAUUUGUGCCCCCCCCCCCCAAAGAAACACAUCAACAUUGUAUUGAUUACAAAAGGAAUGAACGUGCAAUGAUGUAGCCACCAGUUUUCAUUUGCAUAGACUUGGAAUCCUUUAAACUGGAGUUUAACUGGAUUUUUAAACUGACAGCAGUGUUACAGAGGCAAAAAUACAUUAAAGUUUGAAAACCCAGCGCACAGAGCUGGACUGUGUAUGUGUGUGGAAAUUAAAGUCCCACACUUGUUUCUAACAGCCUGACUCUUUGUUGUCAUGUGCUUAUAAGCAAUCUGGACUGCAAGACAUUUGGUGGUGAACUUGUGACCAUGGUGAUGGCACUUUCACAUUCACCGCUAUUAUUGACUAAUAGUGUUUCAGAUUAAGAAGAGUUUGGAAAUGGUUAAGAUACAAGCCUGACCAACACAUUGAGCUAUUUGGGAACACUUUACAUGAAGGCUUAAUUUGUUAAAAUUAGUAAAUGCUUUAGGUGUCAUGAACUAACAAUGAUUUUUUUACAACAUGUAUUAAUCUUGGUUAAUGUUAAUUUAUCAAAUACUGUUGGUCGUUGUUUUGUUCAUGUUCAUAUUAGAGGUCGACCGAUGGUGGAUUUUGCUGAUACCUAUAACUAAGGUGGUGGAAAAGGCAGAUAACCGGUUUAUUGGCCGAUAGUUUUUAAAAUCGAUUUAUAAAAUGUUAACAAAAAUGUCUUGGUAUUUCCUUCUUAAGACAGGCACAGACAAGAGUCCAAAAUGAAUAAAAUCCCAUAUGCAGUUUAUUGUUCAAUCAAAAUCCCAAUAAUAAUCUGAUUUGGUGCAGAAUGUGGGACUUUUAACUGUAAACAAGCCCAAAAAAGAGGCUCUUAUUUUGCAGAUAACUGAUAGUUCAUGAAAAAAAAGAACUAUCGGCACCAAAUAAUCGGUAAAACCGAUAUAUGAGUCCACCUCCAGUUGAUAUUGCAUUAACUAAUGUAUACAACUAUAAAAAACAUUUUUUUUAUUAUUUGCUGAAAUUAACAUUAAUCAAGAUGUGGAUGUAAUCUAUUGCGUUAACUGAUGUUAACAAAUGCAACCUUAUUGUAGUGUUACCAGUUCUUUUACAAAUGCACACACAUACGCACAUUCUGAUAUUGUGUUUACAAUUGUUCUCUUCAAUUUAAUUGGAGAUCGUAGUUACAAACUAGUUUUUGUAUUUACACAUUUUAUCAUUUCCCUCCCUGUAAUAUUGCACAUUUUCAUUACCUGUCAUUUUAAUGUUUAUCUUAAUUACAGUUGACAUCUGAAACAUUUUGCUUUUAAGUUUACAGAAACCAAUCAGAUGCCAAGAUUUGUAUUUUUAAGAAGCUAGUCUGCACACACUGAUUCCUACAGAUUCUGUAAGGAUAUACUUGAAUCAGAAACUUUUUAAAUGGACACAAGAUUCCAUAAGCUUCCGUCAAUAUGGACCUUAGUCACUGUAGACACAAUAUUUAAUGUAAUGCAAAUGGGAACAAAGCUGGGAGGGAUAGAUGUACUGUACUGUGUACUCAAACAGAUGUACUGAUCUGUAUCUUGGUGAAAACGUACAUUUUGUCUUUCCAAAAUGCUUGUCGUCCAGAAAACACAAAAGGAGAUGUUACUUUCAUUGUGUGGAAAAAAAAUGCAAUGAAAUUGAAUGGUGACUGAGGUUUGAAACAAUAUGAGGGUAAAUGAUGACAGAAUUUUCAUUUUUGGGUGAACUUUGCCUUUAAGACUGCAGAACCUUUUGAUCAGACAGUCUAGCAUUCACAGCUGUGUUUUCCUUAAUGUCAAAUUAAAUAUGGAGUAAACUCUGACUAAAGUUCAGUAGUGGAAUGAAA